AUGGGUUACUUCGUAAAUGGGUCGGAUCUGUUAGACCCAGUUAAGUUCCUAAAACAAUUAAAGCAGCAGUGUAGACCUUUAGUUGUGGACUCAGUAGUCGAUAUCGACAAAAAAGACAUUAAAAAUCCUCUUGCAGUAGUAGAAUACGUUGAUGAUUUAUAUAAGUUUUACAAACUGGCAGAGACAUCAAGUCAGAUCGGUGAUUAUAUGAGUGUGCAAACGGAGAUUGACGAGGAUGCCAGGAUGAGUGUUGUGCGUUUUUUGGUUCAGUUUCACAUUAAGUUAAAUCUUGCAACAGAAGUUCUGUUUCUGGGGAUUCAUAUUCUUGACAGAUACCUUUGCAUGGAUUUAGUCGCAAGAAAAAACUUACCACUGGCAGGGUUAACUGCGUUACUUAUAGCUAAUAAAUAUGAAGAAGAUUCAAAUCCACCAGUAGAAGAAUAUAUUAAUAUGGCGGAUGAGUUUUAUAGCAAAAAAGAUAUAUUGGAUAUGUAG